GAUUCCGACAAAAUCGUCUUUAUAUGCGGGGAAGAGGUCUCCGCGUUCAAAACCUUGGUGAUGCUGGAGAGAGAGUGGGAUGCAUUUGAAGGCAAAAUAGUAAAGAAGAGAGAAGAUGUUGCCAAAGCCAUCAUCCACUUAUCACUGUUGGCUCAGAUUCUUGGAUUAGGAGAUCUGCAUGCUGAGAACGUUGGUUUCAAAGAGAGUACUUUCUCUAUAGUUGUCGUGGACUUCCGCAUGGCAUUCAUCGAUAGCUCGGUUGCCUUUGAAGGGAUCAACAGUCCAAAAACGUUGAGUUUGGUUAAUGAGCUGAAGAGGAAUUUAAGGCGAUUUUUUGAUAUUGUUAAGGAGAUGACUUUCGAGGAACAGCUGGAGAUCGGGAAACAAUGGAUUGUUCAAUCUGAAAUCAACUCGAAAUUGGAUGUGGCUUUUGCAGAGCUGGAAAAAGAAAAAAAUGUUUUCAACAGGGCCGGUUUAGGAACGGAAAUUGUUAAAGAC